AUGCAGAAACAGAGCCAAGUGUCAUUUUGAUAAAACAAAAUGUGUUUCUUUGGAUUCUCCAUUCCCAUUUCCUCAUCAAUUUGCAGAAACCAUUUCUCCUUUUUUCUUUCUCCUUAUGGGUUUAAGAACAGAGAAGCCUCUUCUUUUUCUCUUUCCAUUUCACAUCCCCUGUUUUUUUCUUACUGCACUGCACACCUUCAGCCACCCAUGGCCACCAGGCCAUUUACUCUCUCUUCUCCUUUUCAUUUCACCACGUGUAUUGUCUUCUUGACAGCUCCUUCAAGUCUUCUAAACCUUUUUUCUGUUUUAAAAGCCCCCAUAAUUCAUGGGUUCUCCUCAUUUUUCUUUAAUUUUCUUGAUUUCAACUUCUUCACUCCUUAAUCCAUGGCCUCUGUUCUUCGUCUCCGCAAAUUGUACUUCGUCAACCCUGUUAAGAGUUCUUCUAUGGGGGUCCAACCCAUUGAAGCGCAUAAAUCAGAGGAUAAACAUAAUGUCAUUGUCGCAUAUGUGAAGAAAUUGAUGCAAAAGAAGCAAGACGAGGACAAGAAGAAGAAAGGAAACAAGAACAUCAUUAAGAGGCAAUCAAGAGAAUGGAAGUGCUUAGAUAACUGCUGUUGGAUUAUUGGAUACAUCUGUACAUUUUGGUGGCUGAUGUUUUUCCUCUACCAUUAUUUGCCUCUUACACUACCUGGCUUUCCGGCGAUUGAUUCUCCGGGAGCUGUUCUAAAGCGAGAAGGGAUAUCAGGUCUUCACCCAGUCGUUUUAGUGCCUGGAAUUGUCACCGGUGGGCUAGAGCUCUGGGACGGCAAGCCCUGCGCCGAGGGGCUCUUUCGAAAGCGUCUGUGGGGUGGGAGUUUCACUGAAACAUUGAAAAGACCAUUAUGCUGGUUGGAGCAUCUGUCUCUGGACAAUGAAACAGGGCUUGACCCACCAGGCAUUCGAGUCCGGCCAGUCGAAGGCCUUGUGGCCGCUGAUUAUUUCGCCCAAGGCUACUUCGUUUGGGCUGUUCUCAUUGAAAAUCUGGCUAAAAUUGGUUAUGAUGGAAAGAACUUACACAUGGCUGCAUAUGAUUGGAGGAUCGCCUUCCAAAAUACAGAGGUUAGAGACAGAGCCCUGAGCAGAUUGAAGAGUAAAAUAGAGGUAAUGUAUGAAACAAAUGGGGGGAAUAAAGUGGUGGUGGUGCCUCAUUCAAUGGGGGUUCUGUACUACCUGCACUUCAUGAAGUGGGUGGAAGCGCCGCCACCGAUGGGCGGAGGCGGCGGCCAUGGGUGGUGUGCCAAGCAUAUUAAAGCAAUCAUGAAUAUUGGUUCUACAUUUUUGGGAACUCCAAAGGCAGUCAGUAAAAUUCUUUCAGCUGAAGACAGACACGUUGCUUUGCUCAGAGCUAUGACCCCUGGUUUUCUUAAAUCUGAAAUUCUUGGCUUUCAAACCUUAGAACAUAUGUUGCGGGUUUCCCGAACCUGGGAUUCGACCGCCUCGUUGUUACCGAAAGGUGGUGAGACCAUCUGGGGUGACUUAGAUUGGUCUCCUGAAGAUGUUCAGAAUUGUGAUUUGAAGAAAGUAGAUACACAUUCUUUUAGAAACGAAAACGAUUCCAAAGACAGUGAAAGAAAGAAAGUUUUUCAAGAAAAUGAGCCAGUGCACUAUGGAAGAAUAAUCUCUUUUAGCAAAGAAGCAGCAACACGACCUUCUUCAGAGCUCUCCACACUAAAUUCAGAGGAACUUAAGAAUUCAGGUAGCUCCAAUGAUUCAAGCUUCUCUUGUAGCGACGUAUGGACUGAAUAUGAUGAGAUGAGUAGGGAAAGUAUUCGAAAGGUCUCCGAGAAUAAAGCUUACACAGUGAAAACUGUUUUUGAUCUACUCCGAGUUGUGGCUCCAAAAAUGAUGCAGCGGAUGGAUGGUCAUUUCUCUCAUGGGAUUGCUGAAGAUCUUGAUGAUCCUACAUAUGCUCAUUAUAAGUACUGGUCAAAUCCACUUGAGACAAAGCUACCAGAUGCCCCAGAUAUGGAGAUAUAUUGCUUAUACGGAGUGGGAAUCCCCACAGAAAGAUCAUAUAUCUAUGACUCAUCUUAUGAUAAGUGCAAAAGCAUUCCAUUCAGGAUUGAUCUCUCAAUCGAGGGAAAAGGGAGUGGCUGUCUGAGAAGCGGGAUGUAUUUUGUCGAUGGUGACGACUCUGUACCGGUAGUGAGCUCCGGUUUCAUGUGUGCGAAAGGGUGGCGAAACAAAACACGAUUCAAUCCAUCAGGCAGCCCUACAUACGUAAGAGAAUACAGGCACAAGGCUCCUGCUAGUCUGCUAGAAGGAAGAGGAGUUGAAAGUAGUGCUCACGUUGAUAUAAUGGGAAAUGUUAAUCUUAUUGAAGAUAUCUUACGGGUUGCGGCUGGAGCCACUGGAGCAGAGAUUGGUGGUGAUAAGAUUUACUCAGAUAUAUUAACACUAUCAGAGAGAAUAAAUCUUAAGCUGUGAUUCGGUUUGAGAGCUCAAGAGAUGAAGGAAAUGAGAUACUGAGGGAAAUUAGCUGGCUUCUAAAGCAGGAGAGCAUAAAAAAAUGUAGUAUAAAAUAGAGGAAAAUAAUUCAUACUCUUGGCAAUGGAGUUUGUUCCCACGGUCUCUUUCAUGUGGAUGCUAUUGUGAUGUUUGAGGUUAACUUUCCAAACCUGACAACUCUCCUUCCAAUAUAUCCAUUUUAUUGUUCUCUACGGAUAAUCUUUUGAAACAUACCUUGCCACAGUGUAACCUAGGAGUUACGAGUAUG